AUGAAUGUUCAAGCUCUUCAGGAUUAUCUUACAGUGAGAGGAAUAUCGGUGAGUGGAUACAAAAAAGCAGAAUUGAUUGCACGAGCAUUUUCCGCCGAAGAAAUGGAUCUUCCAAUCAUUAUGAGUUGUGACGAACAAACCAAAGUUUUAAAAAAUGACUAUGCGAAAAAACUCGAUGAGUUUGGUUUACCAGAUCCGAAGCUAAUCUCAGAGGAUCAGAAAAUUGAUAAUUUGACUACCUGGCAACCAGUCACUUUGGGACAAAUUUUUCAGUACAUACUUAAAGGGAAUUCGACACUGAGUAUAUCG